AGAAGUGACUGCAGUUUCCUCAGUCAUAACUUACAAUAACCGCUUUGUGACACAAACUGUGUCCAUUUGAGAAGAUACCACCAGCACCUGCUGUCCGAGACGAGCGGCAACUUCUCUGCAAACAUGCACGUCGUUAAGAGAGAUGGACGCGAGGAGACUGUCAGUUUUGAUAAGAUCACAUCUCGCAUCCAGAAGUUGUGCAGCGGACUCAACUCCGACUUUGUGGACCCUACCCAGAUUACGAUGAAGGUGAUCCAGGGCAUCUACAGCGGAGUCACCACCGUGGAGCUGGACACCCUGGCAGCAGAGACCACCGCCACCCUCACCACCAGACACCCCGACUACGCAAUCCUCGCGGCCCGGAUCGCCGUCUCCAACCUGCACAAAGAGACCAAGAAAGUCUUCAGUGAUGUGAUGGAGGACCUGUACACUUAUGUAAAUCCCUUAAAUCAACGCCACUCACCUAUGAUCUCCCAGGAGACGCUCAACGUUGUCCUUGAAAACAAAGACCGCCUGAACUCAGCGAUCAGUCACGACAGAGACUUCUCUUACAACUUCUUUGGCUUUAAGACUCUGGAGCGGUCGUAUUUGUUGAAAAUCAAUGGCAAAGUUGCUGAGAGGCCGCAGCACAUGCUAAUGAGAGUUGCAGUUGGGAUCCAUAAACGAGACAUCGAUGCAGCCAUUGAGACUUACAACCUACUCUCGGAAAAGUGGUUCACCCACGCCUCCCCGACCCUGUUCAACGCCGGAACCAACAAGCCCCAGCUGUCCAGUUGUUUCUUGCUGGACAUGAAAGAGGACAGCAUCGAGGGCAUAUACGACACCCUGAAGCAGACUGCCCUCAUCUCCAAAUCGGCCGGGGGCAUCGGCGUGGCAGUGAGCUGCAUCAGAGCGACGGGCAGUUAUAUCGCAGGCACUAACGGUGGCUCCAACGGGCUGGUUCCCAUGCUGCGGGUGUUCAACAACACAGCACGCUACGUGGACCAGGGUGGCAACAAGAGACCUGGAGCCUUCGCCAUGUACCUGGAGCCGUGGCACGCCGACGUGUUUGAAUAUCUGGAGCUGAAGAAGAACACAGGCAAAGAAGAGCAGCGGGCCAGAGACCUGUUCUUCGGCCUGUGGAUCCCAGAUCUCUUCAUGAGACGAGUGGAAAGCAACCAGGACUGGUCUCUGAUGUGUCCCGCUGAGUGUCCGGGGCUGAACGAGUGCUGGGGAGAAGAGUUCGAGGAGCUGUAUACGCGGUAUGAGAAGGAGGGCAGAGCCAGGCGGGUAGUGAAGGCUCAGCAGGUGUGGUACGCCGUCAUCGAGUCACAGACUGAGACGGGAACGCCGUACAUGCUCUACAAGGACACCUGCAACCGGAAGAGCAACCAGCAGAAUCUGGGCACCAUUAAAUGCAGCAAUCUGUGCACGGAGAUCGUGGAGUACACGAGCAAAGACGAGGUGGCGGUGUGUAACCUGGCCUCCAUCGCCCUCAACAUGUACGUCACCCCAGAAAGGACGUUCGACUUCAACAAGCUUGUAUCUGUCACCAAAGUUAUCGUCAGGAACCUGAACAAGAUCAUCGACACCAAUUACUACCCGGUACCCGAGGCUGAACGGUCCAACAGGCGCCAUAGGCCGGUCGGGAUCGGCGUGCAGGGUUUGGCCGAUGCCUUCAUCCUGAUGCGCUAUCCAUUUGAGAGCCCCGAGGCCCAGUUGCUGAAUGUUCAGAUCUUCGAGACCAUCUACUACGCUGCCCUGGAGGCCAGCAGCGAGCUGGCGGCCGAAUACGGCCCCUACGAGACCUACGCCGGCUCUCCCAUCAGCAAGGGAAUCCUCCAGUACGACAUGUGGGGGAAAACCCCGACAGAUUUAUGGGAUUGGGAAGCACUGAAGGAGAAAAUCGCUAGGCACGGCGUGAGGAACAGCCUGCUCCUGGCCCCGAUGCCCACCGCCUCCACGGCCCAGAUCCUGGGCAACAACGAGUCCAUCGAGGCGUACACCAGCAACAUCUACACUCGCAGGGUGCUCUCCGGGGAGUUUCAGAUCGUGAAUCCUCAUCUUCUGAAAGACCUCACAGAAAGAGGACUGUGGGAUGAGGACAUGAAGAACCAGCUGAUUGCUCAGAACGGCUCAAUCCAGGAUAUCGAAGGGAUCCCUGAUGACCUGAAGCAGCUGUAUAAAACCGUGUGGGAGAUCUCCCAGAAGACCGUCCUGAAGAUGGCAGCAGACCGCGGCGCCUACAUCGACCAGAGCCAGUCUCUGAACAUCCACAUCGCCGAGCCCAACUACGGCAAACUCACCAGCAUGCACUUCUACGGCUGGAGGCUGGGCCUGAAGACGGGGAUGUACUACCUGCGGACCAAACCCGCCGCCAACCCCAUCCAGUUCACUCUGAACAAGGAAAAGCUGAAGGAGUCGGCGAAGAGUAACGAGGAGACGAAGGAGAGCAACGCGGCAGCCAUCGUCUGCUCCCUAGCGAACCGGGACGAGUGCCUGAUGUGUGGCUCCUGAUGCAGCUCUCUCCUCCUCCUUCACCGCCUCCUCCCAGAGAAAUUCUAGGGAAUAUUUGGUGCUCAUUUUGUAAAUGAUUUUCUGAACUAAUGUUCAAAAGUGGCACUGUCAAAAAAACCAAAAUCACAAAUCUUGACAGUUUUUAUUUAAUUUCUACUUGGUUUUAUUAUGAAGUUUUGUUGUAUUUAGUCUUGUUUUGUAUAGAAUUUAAUGAAUUAUUUGUCCUUUGUGGGGUUUUUUGUGACAUGCAGUUUAUAUUAUUAUAUAUGGAUUUCUUUUUAAAUCAGUGUUUUGGUAAAAUAAGACAAUAAAUCUGACAAUGACUUCAGGUUAAAACAGAUUAUUAUUAGCGAUAUGGAGUUUUUGUGUGUGAUACCUCAGAAUAAUCUAACAGGAGGUCAACUGAGGCACGACGUCCUUCUGCUCUUGAACUAUAUUAAAGUACAACUUAGUUGCAGGAUUCAAAAACACCCAAAUUAAAAGAAACU